AAUCCCAGGACCCCAAGACCAUGACCUGAGUUGAAGGCAGAUGCUUCACCGACCGAGCCCCCAGGCGCCCUGAAAGUGUGCUUUUCCUUCAAGCUACUUAACAACAGUUUUACAUGAACAUUUAAAAAGAUCACCUCAUCCUGGCACCAGACAUGCUUAGAUUAGUCUCCUAUGCUGUACAAGCAAAGGUAAGUGUAUACACAUUGAGUUGCCUUAUGGUGUCACAAACUUGAAACAGGUUAGUGUGGAUUAAUCCCUCUUCCCCUUGUAGCUUUAGUACCCGAGUGGCUUCCAAAGCCUGGACACAUAACUGAAUUUGUGACUCACCUGACGCCCACAGACUUCAUCCUUGUCUCUCUGGAAGAAACAGACCUUGAAGUGCAGGCCAGUGUGGAGUCUGUCCAAUCCUCAGUAGGUACUAAUAUCCUAAGUAGGUGGUCAGAGUCAGAAAACAUGCACGCUUUAAGAUUUUAUUUCUUUGAGAGAGUGUGUUUGCAAGAACAAAGGGGGCAGGCGGAGGGAGAAGCAGACACCCCUGCUGAGCAGGGAGCCUGAGGCAGCCCCAAACCCCAAGAUUAUGAACUGAGCUGAAGGCAGGCAUUUAAUGGACUGAGCCACCCAGACAUCCCAGAAAACACACUUCUAUUUUUUAUCUUCUGAUGAAAGUAUAGGUGAGAACAUGUAAGAAAUUACUAUGCUAAAAUGAUCGAUUCCCAGCUGAUGGCGCAUUUAUUUCAAUAGAAGAAUUUGAACCCUCCUUUGAGUUUAACGGCAUUUAACAUAAGAAUCAAAUAUUAAGCAGAAUACAGAAGACCAGAGGGACGAUGCACAGAAACAGGCGCACCCAAAGGACAAGGAGACGAGAUUACUGGAGGUGUGACCCCAAAGCAGCUGCUUUUGAACCCAUAAAGACUGUGCUCAUGGGUUUCGUGCGGUGGAGAAUCUGGGCGAUAAAUCAGCCAGUGCUGUCACGUGGCGCGAUGUGCCCCGUGAAUUCUCUUCCUUUUACAAGCUAAGCCAUGUGUUCUUGCCCCGAAACCUUGCGGUCGGGAGACGACGGCUUCCAGUGUCGCCGGCGUGGGGCCUCUAGGACUCGGCCUCUAGGUCCUCUCGUCUCCCAACGACCAGACGCCAAAGCCGACCCCGCGUGGCGGCCGGGCGCAGUCCGCCGCUCCUAGCGCGGGAAGUUCUUGGGGUACAGCUGGAAGAGCUUGCCUUCCUGGGUGGGCUCGAAGCCGUACUUCCCCAGCUGCUCCGGGUCGAAGGUGCCGUCCCGGAGGUCCUUCUCGACGGCCGGUGCCACCGCCUCCCGGAACAGCUGCUCGGCCGUCAGGGGCGUGUCCGCGCCCGCGCGGGCGCGGUAGUUCACGUAGGGCUUGAGCCUGAAGCCGGCCAGCUCGGGCACCACCAGCUCCGGGACCAUCUCCUUGAUCUGCACAAACUUCCCGUCGCGGCCGUGGACGCCGGUGCCCUUGGCGCCGCGGCUCUUGUAGAAGGUGCGCGGGCCCCGCUUGCUGGUCCACCGGCUCAUGCGGUCGGCGCCGCGCACCAGGAUGCGCGCAGCCCCGCUCAGGAGGCCCAUGCCGAAGCCUGCACCACGCGGGCGCGCUCCCAGACAGCGCCCACGCGCCGCGACCAGCCGCACCGCCCUCGGCGGCUCCCGGCGGUCAGCGCGGCUCCCGGCGCCCUCGGCGGCUCCCGGCGGUCAGCGCGGCUCCCGGCGCCCUCGGCGGCUCCCGGCGGUCAGCGCGGCUUCCGGGGCUCUCGGCGGUUUCCCGCGCCCCCCGGCCUCCGCGCCGCAGCAAGAGCAGCUGCGGUUGGCGGCGCUGCGUCCAAUGCACAGCGUCGGCCCUGCGAGUGGGCGGCACCUCCGGGUCCCGGCCAAUGCGCUGGGAGCCAUGAAGCAAGAGGAGGAUGCCAGCCCAGAGGCCGACUUCUGUCUGGGUGCUGCCCUGCAGUCCUGGGGGCUGCAGCUGACGGAGCAGCAUUCACAGUCCACCAUGCUGAUGGGGAUUGUGAUUGGAGCCCUCCUGGCCCUGGCCCUCGUUGGCAUCACCGUCUUCUUUGUGUACAGAAGGGUUAACCGAUUCCGACAAGUACAGCCCACUCCUCAGUACAGGUUCCGGAAGAGAGACAAAGUGAUGUUUUACGGCCGGAAGAUCAUGAGGAAGGUGAGCACACUGCCCCACACGCUUGUGGGGAGCACGGCAGCCCCCCGGCAGCGGGUGAGGAAGAGGACCAAGGUGCUGUCUUUGGCCAAGAGGAUUCUGCGUUUCAAAAAGGAAUACCCAACCCUACAGCCAAAGGAACCACCACCCUCCUUGCUGGAGGCUGACCUCACGGAGUUUGACGUGAAGAACUCUCACCUGCCAUCAGAAGUGUUGUACAUGCUGAAGAACGUGCGGGUCCUGGGCCACUUUGAGAAGCCACUGUUCCUGGAACUUUGCAAACACAUGGUCUUUGUGCAGCUCCUCGAAGGGGAACAUGUCUUCCAGCCGGGGGAGCCGGAUACCAGCAUCUAUGUGGUGCAGGACGGGCGCCUGGAAGUCUGCAUCCAGGACGCGGACGGCGCUGAGGUGGCGGUCAAAGAGGUUCUGGCUGGAGACAGCGUCCACAGUCUCCUCAGCAUCCUGGACGUCAUCACCGGCCACACCGCUCCAUACAAAACCGUGUCUGCCCGUGCUGCUAUCCCUUCCACCGUCCUCCGGCUCCCAGCGGUGGCUUUUCAAGGAGUUUUUGAGAAGUAUCCUGAAACCCUGGUGAGGGUGGUGCAGAUCAUCAUGGUGCGGCUGCAGAGGGUCACCUUUCUGGCUCUGCACAACUACCUGGGCCUGACCACAGAGCUCUUCAACCCGGAGAGCCAGGCCAUUCCCCUGGUGUCUGUGGUCAGUGUGGCUGCUGGGAAGGUCAGGAGGCAGGCGUGCUGCGUCUCUGAGGAUCGUCUUGAGAGACCCCUGCGGCCCCAGGAGUCCUGCGACCCAGCAGAUGGAGGGGGCAGCCGUGCAGCAGUCUCUGGGCCUGUGCUGAAGAGGAGCCAGUCCUUCCCGCUGCCUUCUGUCCACGAAGAGAUCCCGGAUGAGUUCGGCAAGGCCCAGGCAGGUGACCAGGCCCCUUUCGCUCCACCAGGGAGCACCUCAGACCUGAGGAUGGCAUGUGACCGUGCCAGGGUCCUCCUCCACGCCGAGGAACACCCUGGGAGCGCCGUGGCCAGCAAGUCCAAGAAGAGCGUGAUUGUUGCAGACGCUCCCUCUGCAGUCUUCCAGUAUGCAGAGACUAACUCAGAUGAGACUGUCUCCAGCAGGAAGACAGAUGCCAUCCUCAGGGCUGCCAAGAAGGACCUGCUCACCCUGAUGAAGCUGGAUGACCCCUCGCUCUUGGAUGGCCGGGUGACACUUCUCCAUGUUCCGGGGGGCACAGUGGUGUCGAGGCAGGGAGACCAGGACGUGAACAUCCUCUUCGUGGUCUCGGGGCUGCUGCACGUGUACCAGCGGAAGGUCGACAGUGAGGGGGACACCUGCCUGUUCGUGGUGCGCCCUGGGGAAGUGGUGGGGCAGCUGGCCGUGCUCACGGGGGAGCCCCUCAUCUUCACCAUCAAGGCCAACAGGGACUGCAGCUUCCUCUCCAUCUCCAAGGCACACUUCUAUGAAAUCAUGCGGAAGCAGCCGACUGUGGUCCUGGGUGUCGCACACACCGUGGUGAAGCGGGUGUCAUCCUUCGUGCGGCAGAUCGACUUCGCGCUGGACUGGAUGGAGGUGGAGGCCGGGCGCGCGGUGUACAGGCAGGGGGACAAGUCAGACUGCACCUACAUCGUCCUCAGUGGCCGGCUACGCUCGGUGAUCCGGAAGGACGACGGCAAAAAGCGACUGGCGGGGGAGUAUGGCCGCGGAGACCUCAUUGGUGUGGUGGAGACGCUCACCCACCAGGCCAGGGCGACGACAGUGCAUGCCGUUCGGGACUCCGAGCUGGCCAAGCUUCCGACAGGAGCCCUGACAUCCAUCAAGCGCAGGUACCCACAGGUUGUGACGCGGCUGAUUCAUCUCUUGGGUGAGAAGAUUUUGGGCAGCCUCCAGCAGGGAACUGCAAAAGGUCACCAGUUUGGGCUGCACACUGUGGGCAGCAAGUGGGACUCGGGGAACCCCGCCGGCAACCUCUCCACGGUGGCUGCCAUGCCUGUGUCCGAGGAUGUGCCCCUCACCGCCUUUGCCCUGGAGCUCAAGCACGCCCUCAGUGCCAUCGGCCCCAUCCUGCUGCUGACCAGUGACAACAUAAAACAGCGCCUUGGCUCCGCUGCUCUGGACAGCGUCCAUGAGUACCGGCUGUCCAGCUGGCUGGGGCAGCAGGAGGACAUCCACCGGAUCGUGCUCUACCAGGCAGACAGCACGCUAACACCUUGGACCCAGCGCUGCAUCCGGCAAGCGGACUGCAUCCUCAUCGUGGGCCUGGGCGAGCAGGAGCCCACGGUGGGCGAGCUGGAGCGGAUGCUGGAGAGCACAGCCGUACGUGCCCAGAAGCAGCUGAUCCUGCUGCACCGGGAGGAUGGGCCGGCACCCUCCCGCACUGUCGAGUGGCUGAACAUGCGGAGCUGGUGCUCUGGCCACCUGCACCUCUGCUGCCCCCGCCGCGUCUUCUCCAGGAGAAGCAUGCCCAAGCUGGUGGAAAUGUACCAGCGAGUCUUCCAGAGGCCCCCAGACCGGCACUCAGACUUCUCCCGCCUUGCUCGGGUGCUGACUGGCAACGCCAUUGCCUUGGUGCUUGGGGGAGGGGGGGCAAGAGGCUGUGCCCAGGUCGGCAUCAUCCGGGCCCUGACGGAGUGUGGCAUCCCUGUGGACAUGGUUGGAGGGACGUCCAUCGGGGCCUUCAUGGGGGCCCUGUACUCCGAGGAGCGGAACUACAGCCAGAUACGGAUCCGGGCUAAGCAGUGGGCUGAGGACAUGACAUCGAUGGUGAAGACUGUGCUGGACCUGACCUACCCUAUCACGUCCAUGUUCUCGGGGGCCGGCCUGAACAGCAGCAUCUGUAGUGUCUUCAAGGACCAGCAGAUCGAGGACCUGUGGAUCCCCUACUUCGCCAUCACCACAGACAUCACGGCCUCCGCUAUGCGGGUCCACACGGACGGCUCCCUGUGGAGGUACGUGCGUGCCAGCAUGUCUCUGUCAGGCUACAUGCCUCCCCUCUGUGACCCCAAAGACGGACACCUGCUGAUGGACGGGGGGUACAUCAACAACCUGCCAGCGGAUGUGGCCAGGUCUAUGGGAGCAAAGGUGGUGAUUGCCAUUGACGUGGGCAGCCAGGACGAGACGGACCUCACCAACUAUGGCGACGCCCUGUCUGGGUGGUGGCUGCUCUGGAAGCGCUGGAACCCCUUGGCCUCAAAAGUCAAGGUGUUGAACAUGGCGGAGAUCCAGACACGCCUGGCCUAUGUGUGCUGCGUCCGGCAGCUGGAGAUGGUGAAGAACAGUGAGUACUGUGAGUACCUGCGCCCCCCCAUCGAUAGCUACAGCACUCUGGACUUCGGCAAGUUCAACGAGAUUUGCGAAGUGGGGUACCAGCAUGGGCGGACAGUGUUUGACAUCUGGGGUCGGAGUGGUGUGCUGGAAAAGAUGCUACAGGACCGACAGGGAACAAGCAAGAUGAAGGCGUGUGAUGUCCUCACCUGCCCCAACGCCUCCUUCACUGACCUUGCCGAGAUUGUGUCACGCAUUGAGCCCGCCAAGGUAGCCACAGUGGACGGAGGGGACCAACACAGCCCUCCGCUCUGUCCAGAUGAGUCUGACUACCAGACUGAGUAUGAGGAGGAACUGCCAGACGGUCCCAAGGAUGCAUAUGCUGACUUCCAGAGUGCCCCGGCCCACGUGGGCUCAGACUCGGACGACGAGUCCUCACUUCGGCGUCGGAGCCCCAGUCUGGCUUCCCAGGACUGCCCCCCGGACUCCUACCCCUAGCGCUCUGACCAGGAUGGGUAGAGGUCUCCACUCAGACGCACCCUAGAGCAGCAUCUGCUAUGGGCCUCCCUCAGAGACCCUGGCUCCUACAGCCCCUGGGGCUCUUCCCAGCCUGCCACGAAGACCGGACCGGCCGGGGCCUAGGCCCCGUGAGCCGCUGAGUCCAGCUUCUCUUGUGCUGGAACCCAAGCUGCACUGGGUGCCUCUGGCCCAUCUGCACUGGCAGCUUCUGGUGGGGCUCUCCGUCCUGGCACCCCCUGUGCACACAGCAAUCCCAGGGGCUGUGUCCGCCCCUGCGGGGCUCCGGGAGGUCUCGGAGAGAUAUCGGAGCCCCUGGUACACCUGCUUGAUGUGUCAAUAAAGGUAGAUCUGACUGUG